CUAUUGGGCCUCUGGUGGCGCUCUAUUCUUUCUGAGCUACGGAAAAAGUCAAUUGAAGGCUCAGACCUCCCCUUUGACAGAAUGUUUAAUUUUGCUCGCAGCCGUGCUGCGGCCUCCGCCCUGCGGUCUUCAAAGACUGCAUUCUCCCCCGCUAUCAGAUUCCCCGGUGUCGCCCAACAACAGCGAAGAAACCUGAGCAUUCACGAAUAUCUCUCAGCCGACCUUCUGCGACAGUAUGGCAUUGGUGUACCGAAGGGCUUCAACGCCAAGUCCGCUUCCGAGGCCGAGAAGGUUGCGAAGGAGAUUGGCGGUGAAGAUAUGGUUAUCAAGGCUCAAGUGCUAGCUGGUGGACGAGGAAAGGGUAGCUUCGACAAUGGCCUGAAGGGAGGUGUCCGUGUCAUCUACUCUCCAACCGAGGCCAAGAUGUUUGCCGACCAGAUGAUCGGCCACAAGCUCAUUACCAAGCAGACUGGUGCGGCUGGCCGCCUCUGCAACUCUGUCUACAUCUGCGAGCGCAAGUUCGCCCGCCGAGAGUUUUACCUUGCUAUCCUGAUGGACCGAGCCUCCCAGGGCCCCGUUAUCGUCUCCUCUUCCCAAGGUGGUAUGGAUAUUGAGACCGUCGCUAAGGAGAACCCCGAAGCUAUCAACACUGCCUACAUCGACAUCAAGACCGGUGUAACUGACGAGAUCGCUCGGGAUAUUGCGACUAAGCUUGGUUUCAGUGAGCAGUGCAUUGAGGAGGCCAAGGACACCAUCCAGAAGCUGUACCAGAUCUUCCUUGAGAAGGAUGCCACUCAAAUUGAGAUCAACCCUCUUUCCGAGACUUCUGACCACCAGGUAAUGUGCAUGGACGCCAAAUUCGGAUUCGACGACAACGCCGACUACCGACAGAAGGAAGUCUUCUCGUGGCGCGAUACCACGCAAGAAGACCCCGAGGAAGUCCGUGCUGCUGAGUCUGGUCUUAACUUCAUCAAGUUAGACGGUGAUAUUGGCUGCCUUGUCAACGGUGCUGGUCUUGCCAUGGCUACCAUGGACAUCAUCAAGCUAAACGGUGGCCAACCCGCUAACUUCCUUGACGUUGGUGGUGGUGCUACCCCUGCUGCUAUCAAGGAGGCUUUCGAGCUCAUCACCAGCGAUUCUAAGGUUACAGCUAUCUUCGUUAACAUCUUCGGUGGUAUCGUACGAUGCGAUGCUAUUGCCCACGGUCUUAUCAACACCGUCAAGACCCUCAAUCUCAAGGUCCCCAUCAUUGCUCGACUACAAGGAACGAACAUGGAGCAAGCCCACCAAUUGAUCAACGAUUCGGGAAUGAAGAUUUUCUCCAUCGACGACCUCCAAAGCGCCGCGGAGAAGUCAGUACAACUCUCUAAGGUUGUAAAGAUGGCAAGGGACAUUGACGUUGGUGUCGAAUUCAGCUUGGGUAUCUAAGGACGCUAGGUAUAGACACUGGUCUGAUAGAAUGUACUAACGUUUCCAGGGAUGUAACCCCGGAUUGUGUUAUAAUGAAAUUAAGGGAGGUGUUGCGAAAUAUAGAGCCGGGGGGUCGGGUUUGUCACUAUUGCAUGCAUUUCUGAUGUUUUCGUUUUCCUCCCUCGCGCUCACACUUUCCAAUGGAGAAUUGCAUUUUUUCCUGAUUUUAAAAGACUCAAUUGAUUUUAUGCU